CGUAGUGGGGCGAGUGCUUUUGCGCAUGCGCUUGUGUUGGUGUGUGUAGUGUGUGCGCAUGCGCAUGUGAGCGUGUGUCAUUGCGGAGUGACCCAGGAUGUCUCAGUGCAGACUGCUCCCGCGGCUCCUGUUUACAGUGCAGCAGCAGCGGUUGGGAGUCAGACACUGUUACACGGCCUCACGGAAGAGUCUCUACAUCAACAAGGACACUAAAGUCAUCUGUCAGGGGUUCACAGGGAAACAGGGGACGUUUCACAGUCAGCAGGCUCUGGAUUAUGGCUCCAAGUUGGUUGGAGGUGUGUCUCCUGGAAAAGGUGGAAAAACACACCUGGGCUUGCCUGUGUUUAAUUCAGUGAAGGAGGCGAAGGAGGAAACCGGAGCUGAUGCCACGAUGAUCUAUGUUCCUCCUCCGUUCGCGGCAGCGGCCAUCAUCGAGGCGAUCGAGGCGGAGAUCCCUCUGGUGGUGUGCAUCACUGAGGGCAUUCCUCAGCAGGACAUGGUCCGGGUCAAACACAGGCUCCUCCGCCAGAGCAUCACCCGCCUCAUCGGGCCCAACUGCCCUGGGGUCAUCAACCCUGGAGAGUGUAAAAUCGGGAUCAUGCCUGGACACAUUCACAAGAAAGGAAGAAUUGGUAUCGUGUCGAGGUCCGGUACUCUGACAUAUGAAGCGGUACACCAGACCACUCAGGUGGGCCUGGGCCAGUCUCUGUGUGUCGGAAUCGGAGGAGAUCCGUUCAAUGGCACAAACUUUAUCGACUGUCUGGAGGUGUUCCUGCAGGAUGAGAAGACCGACGGCAUCAUCCUGAUCGGGGAGAUCGGAGGCAACGCCGAGGAGAACGCCGCCGAGUUCCUGAAAAAACAUAACAGCGGUGCCAACGCUAAACCAGUGGUGUCGUUCAUUGCGGGCCUCACGGCGCCCCCUGGCAGGAGGAUGGGUCAUGCAGGUGCCAUCAUCGCAGGAGGAAAGGGCGGGGCUAAGGAGAAGAUCGCCGCCCUGCAGUCAGCCGGUGUGGUGGUCAGCAUGUCCCCCGCCCAGCUGGGCAGCACCAUCUUCAAGGAGUUUGAGAAGAGGAAGAUGCUGUAACGUGGACGAGACGUAGACGAGACGACACUCCUCGUGUUUUUUUUUUUCUUUUUCCAGCCAUGAUUUUUUUUUUUUCUUUUACAUUGUGGAGAAUUUUUUUUUUUUACCAGACCCGGAUUGUGCUGUGAUCACAGUGAGAUCUCGCACAAUAAGGGGCGUAUCUGAAAGAGAAAGGGGGCGGGGCCUGUGUAUUAUGUAUCACCUGCACCUUCUUCUUUAUGUAUACUGCAGAAUCUGAAAUAUAAUAGAAUUCUCCUUCCUCCUG